ACAUCAGAUCCUCGAGGACGUUUUAUACGGAACUCAAGAACUGUUUGGUGACAUAGUUGGUAUCUACCGGUGCUGGGUGAUUUGGAGCCGUAACUAGAAUGCUGUCAUGCUUCCCAUCUUCUUGUCUAUCGUCAGUGCAGCGUCUGGCUAUACCAUUGCGGGACUGUAUCCUUCUGUCGGCCCUGAAGAUACGGUCUUCGCCACUCGUGUGCAACCCUGGACACAGACGUUUUACUCUGUUGCCAUCGUGCAGUCAGCGUUGAUCACUGGUCUUAUGGCAUUUCGCGUCUGGCAGGUUGAACGACGUAGUGCCAAGUACCGUACCUCCGAAGGCAAGCUCAUGCCAAUCAUUCGUCUGCUUAUGGAGUCGGCAGCACUUCUGCUUGUCGUUGAGGUCAUCCUACUGGGAAUGUAUACCGCGAACUACAAUGCGCAGUAUAUUCUCUUGGAGCUCGUCGCCGCCAUCGUCGGAAUCACUAUCCGCUCCACUUUGUACAUCUCAGGACCAUUUGACUCUCAAGACGGAUCCUCUGGUCAAAUUGUCAGCCCCAGAUCAGUCCAGCCGCCGAAUUCUCACAUCCCACCCAGACGGCAGUCCAUUCCUCUGCAUUCCAUCGCUAUCAACAUCUCCCACGAGGUACAAUCUCAGCGAGACGACCUCAGCGUGCGGAUUACGAAGGUUCCGGCCAGAAUCGCAGGGAAGGUAUAGUCCUUGUGUUUCAUUGCUUCAACUGGCACUCCAGUGCACUCCAAUCUCCCAUGUUUAAUCUUCAGUUCCAUUAGUGGUACCGCUAGCGCGGUUUACACCGUAACUCCCUCGUUGUUAUAUCGUUGGGAAUUUGCGCUAGCCUGUUGACAUAGACAAU